GAUAAUAAAUUGAAGAGCAAUGAGUGCAGCCAGUGCGAGACCUUCCUCCUCUGUUACAAACAUUGUCACUGUAGAAAAUGCAGGAAGCAGUCAAUCUCAAACUCUCGUCCUGCGGUUGAAACGAAGGAAGAAGAAGGUAUCAUGGAAAGAGGGAACUGUGGACAACGAAUUCAUGCAAAAGAAGAGUUCCAAGAAGUGCUGCAUUUUCCACAAAGAGAAGCCGUUUGAUGAAGAUGUUAGUGAUGAAGAGGAGCAUGAUCAUAAUCACCAUUAUCAUCAUAAUCAUGACCAUAAUUGCAACAAUGCUGGUGGGAGCUCAACCACUGGUUAAUUGGCUGAUUCAAUGCUAUCCAUAUCAGCGGACACUUCCAGGUGUUGUCCUUGUGUAAAGUUUGGAGGAAGAUUUUUAUUGAUGGGAAAAUGAGAAGGGAGAUUGACAUAUUGAUAUUCUAUUAAGAGCUGUAACUGGGUAUGUAUGAAAUUUUUUCACAAUAUGUGAAUUGUUUUUCAUAUUAAAUAAAUUCAAGCAUAAAUUGAUGUU